GAGGGUUGUGCGCGCCGACCAGACAGAGUCUGUCAGCGGGACCAGGGAGCUGCGCGUAUUGGACAGAAGGAGCUGGAUAAAGCGCACCGGCUCGGUGCAUGUAUUUGCUCAUUUUUCUUUCCCGUGUUUUUUUCCGCUGCGUCUCCUAUGCUGGAUGCUGGAUGCAAUCCAUCCCCGCGUCAACAACACACCUCUGACGGACAAACCAUGGACAGUCUAGGCAGCCGCUGUAAGAUUGUGGUGGUUGGGGACACGCAAUGUGGGAAAACGGCACUCCUGCACGUUUUUGCCAAGGACUGCUAUCCAGAGAGCUAUGUGCCCACGGUGUUUGAAAACUACACAGCCAGUUUUGAGAUAGACAAGCACCGGAUUGAGCUGAAUAUGUGGGACACGUCAGGUUCCUCUUAUUACGACAACGUGAGGCCGCUGGCGUAUCCUGACUCAGAUGCGGUUCUCGUCUGUUUUGACAUCAGCCGCCCAGAGACUUUGGACAGUGUCAUAAAGAAGUGGCAAGGGGAAACGCAGGAGUUUUGUCCCAACGCCAAAGUGGUGCUGGUGGGCUGUAAGCUGGACAUGAGGACAGACGUCAGCACCCUGAGGGAGCUCUCCAAGCAGCGCCUCAUCCCUGUCACCCACGAGCAGGGCAGCACGAUAGCUCGACAGAUGGGGGCGGUGGCCUACGUAGAGUGCACCUCCAAAGUUUCGGAGAACAGCGUUCGGGACGUGUUCCACGUCACCACAGUGGCGUCGGUGCGGCGGCCCCACAAGCCACAGCUAAAACGCAGCAGUUCCCGCAGAGGCCUGAAGCGAGUGUCACAGCUGCCCCUCCCACCCCUGCCGGGCCGGACUGAGCAAAUGGACGAGGCCCCGGCCAUGAGGAAGGACCGGGCCAAGAGCUGUGUGCUCAUGUAGAGACCCAUCACUAUAAAUAUAUGUACAUACAUAAACACAGAAAUAUAUAAAAGAAGAAGUCUAUUUAUUGUUUA